AGUAGAGCGUAGAGAGUAUCUUAAGCCGACGUGUGGCUGUAUUUACAAGGUCAGGUGAUUUAAGUAGGUCAUGUUCCAUACGAUCAAUUUCUACUAGGUAAAGGGACGGGUACCACCUAGAUACUGGGAAUAUCAACACUAAAAUCAAACAGACGUGUCAAAUAUGGCGGCUCCACAUUACCAGUACGCUUAUCCUAGCCAGGAACAACAGGGACAGCACAACCCAGCCUUUCACUAUGGCUAUCCACAGCAGGCCCCUCCCAGCUACCCGGCACAGCCCAUAGCCCAGCCGGUAGAGACCAUGCAGGUUGGAAACAUGGAGCUGGAGACAUCCGCCACCAGAGACUCGGUGUACAACCCCCCAGAUGGAGGAUGUCGGUCCUGGAUGAUUGUCCUGGCAUGCUUCAUCCUCAAUAUGUGCAAUACUGUAGUGGUAGUAUUGAUAGAUUUUUCGAGGGACUUCAGCAAAGAAUUCGGUAGUGAGAAGACAAGUGACAUCCUAGAAGCAUUCCUUGCUGUAAGAAAAUUAGGAGUUGUGGUGGCCGCCAUCUUGAUGGUGUUGUUUGGUUACCGCGUGGUCGGAAUCGCUGGCUGUAUAAUGUACGGUGGAGGGCUGUUUGUGGCGUCCUGGCUAGAUAAAGAUCAGGAAGACUUUGCUGCCUUUCUUUUAGGAGGACUGGCAGCUCUGGGAUCAUCCUUCCUCCUGCUCACAGCAAUUGUUCCCCCUCUGGAAUAUUUUGCGACAAAGAGAAUCCGCGCCAUUGGAAUAGUUAGAGCUGGAGAGGUCCUUGGCGUCAUUGGAAUGCUUUUAAUCUCCUUGGCGCCAUCUUUCAACAAAGAUAUUGAGAUAGAGUUCAAAUGGCGACACAAUUUCAGGUAUCAGCUAAUCCCGGUAGGUAUCGCUACCGUAUGCUGUGCCACUCUUACGCCUCUCGAAUUGAAGAGUUCAGAAAGUAGAACGAACUAUGUUGGUUAUGUGGUAGGGCUUGUGGAUUGGAAGCUGUUCAAGGACCUUGUGUUGUACUUCCUUCUCGUCAUCGUCUUCCUAGACCAGUUUGGGAAGCCAUUGCCAAUAAAUCAAUACGAGGAGUUACUUGACAAUGUGAAAAUUGAAGAUAAAAACACGGAGAUACUAGCCCCUGUGAUACCGUACCUUGGCGAACUUGCUGGCCUGUUUCUGAUGAUUUGCUGCUGCUGCUGGCAGGAACGGGAAGUAGGAACCGUACUCAUUGUCGUUGGUGUGCUCAACAUUGUAGCAGGAGUACUGGGCUGUAUCGCUCCGUCACUCGAGACAUUCGCACUGGUAGCAGCAUUCGGAGCAUUGUUUGGUUUCAGCAAAGGAGUAUUCAACUCGCUGCUAGACAACACAAUACCGGAUGCGUUUGGUAAAGGUCACGUCCGUAUCGUGGAGGGAUUAUUCGGAUUGUUUGCUGGGUUCGCUGAAUUAGUUAUAGACCCUGCAGAAGAGGAUAUCUUGGAUAUAGAUAAGAAGGAUCCAUGGAAGUUCUCCUUCUACAUUGGGGGAGGACUGGUCAUCGCCUCGGGUAUAGGAGCCUUCUUGACACGAUUUAAAAAGCCGAAGGACUAUAGAUAGAUUGUGUGUCAUGUCUGACAAAAUAAAUGAUCGGAAGUGUUAGAUGCCUGUUUAAAGAAUAUUAUGAACAUGGAGAAGAUGACAUGAUAAAAUCUAGAUUACUGAUUGGAUAGCCACAUGACUAUACCAGGUAUGAAAUAUAUUCUGCCUGUCAAUAGAGUUUUCCGUGGUACGUUGUAUAAUAUACUAAGCACAUAAUUACCUUCUGUCGAGGGCUACUUAGACUCCUUUCGUUACCAUGUUUUUUUUCACUUUAGUGACUUAAGUUACAUACUCAUUUUGAAAAUAUACAGUAUAUAUACCAAUAUUAUAUUUAGGAUGUAGCUGAUGUAUUAACAUUUAUUCUUAUCGGAAUAGGUUUUUUGUGUGUUUUUUUAUACAUAUUUGAUGAACUUUCUGAUUUGCUUAUAGUUCAGGAGAGUUCACGUAGACUGUAGAAUUACCUCAUAGUAGAAGAACAGUAUAUCUUCAUUAAAUCCGAUGGUUGACGCAUUAUACGAAUAAUUAUACGAGAAGCAUGACUAAGCAACUACAAUUUAGAAACCUGUUAUAUGUCCAGUGUUUUUUUAUAUUAACAUAUAGUAUAUUUUGUAUUCAAUAUAUGUACGCUAAUGACUACUGCCUAUGCUGACUAUGAUCAAUAAAAGUUAUGUGUAUUUUUAUGA